CACCACUUCUUGUCUCUCUUCAACGUGGCGUCUCUCCCUCUCAGAUUCAAGGCAGGCGGCAGUAUGGCGCCCAUGGUCGCCCCGCAUCACCAUCGGAGCACCACGAAGCAAACCCAAAAGGCCUUCAAGUCUCGUCAUGCCACAAAGAGCUCAUUAAAAGAACAAUCGAAAGGGAAAGUCGAAAGCUUUGAAAGAGGAAGCCGCAAAACCCCUCAUCAGCAAGUUAUGUCCAAGCUGGAUCGGCGCAAUCGAGCAAAGCAAUUGCGCCUUACCAAAGACCAGGAACACGCCAAAGCCACAAAUAUAUUCGCUGGCAGAGAUGGGGCACCAAGGGUCGUUGCUGUUAUACCACUUUGCGGGCAUGUGUCGACCGCUGCUGCCGUACGAAGCCUGAACGCAAGUUUAGAUGUGGAAGAGGAAGUGCCCCAGGCAGGCUGGGUGCGAACUGAGGUUGAGCGAUUCAAGCAAAAAUUACAAUAUCUUGUGGUCAAAAAGGAACUUCUGGCAUCUUUGGAUGCUUGCCGGGUUGCUGAUUUUGUUAUUUUCGUCCUUUCCUGCGAAGAAGAGGUUGAUCAGGAGGGCCUAGACGCUAUCGAACCGCCGAAGCGAAGACCCCAGGUUGUUGCUUCACUCAAGUCCUAUAUCACCCAUUGGCUCCCUUCGACAGAACGUGUCUUCUCUCUUGAUUCUCGACAAGAGGCUUCGAAUCUAGUUCGAUCAUUAUGCACAACCACGACUAAAGGAAUAAGGUGGCGAGAUCAGAGGAGUUAUAUGUUCAUAGAGGACAUCGCAUGGCCAGGCGGGAAAUCUGCGGUGACCAGUGAGGGCACUGGUGAGGUUGUGUUGACAGGUGUCGUGCGAGGUCAAGGUCUCAAAGCCGAUCGGCUUGUCCAAGUUGGCGAUUGGGGGGACUUUCAGGUCGGCAAGAUCACCGCAGCACCGCUAGAGUCGAGAAGAAGAGCGAAAGGUGACGCUAUGAUGGUGGAUGCGGAACAAAACGUCGUUCUGGACACUCCAACUGAACAACAGGACGAUCUUGCUGAGCUGGCACCUGAAGAGACUAUCAUGGAUAACGUUACAAAUUAUGCUGCUUCCGUCGCUCCCUCUGAGCGAAGAGGAGUCCUUCUCGAUGAUCACCAUUAUUUCUCGGAUGAGGAGACAAUGGUCAAUCCUUCACGACCAAAGCGAUUACCGAAGGGAACUAGCAAGUACCAGAGCGCAUGGUUCAUUGACGACGUGUCAGAUUCAGGUUCUGACUUAGAAGACUUCGAAGAGGAGUUUCCGCAGCACAUGAGGAACGAGACUUUUGACCCUGCAGACGGGCUCGAAGGGCUGGAUCUCAAUGGCAGAGCACCUACAGAAGCUGGUCCUUCCGAAUACCCGCAGUCCGAAAUGUUCCUAGAUCCAUCGCCAGAUCAGGAAGUAGAGGAGAUUGCAGCGUACCGAAAAACGAGAAAGACAGAAGCCGACGAAGAUCUCGAGUUUCCAGACGAGAUCGAGUUACACCCCAACGUUGCCGCCCGAGAACGUCUCAUUCGGUAUCGUGGAUUGAAGAGCCUGAAGACGAGCAUAUGGGAGACCGAUGAAGAUAAACCAUAUGAGCCGGAGGACUGGGCUCGUCUUCUUGAGAUAUCAGAUUAUAAGAAGACCGCCACUCGUAUUGUAAGGGAGGCAUGGGCUGGUGGUGUUACGCCUGGUACUCGAGUAAAUAUUUAUCUACGUGGAGUUCCUCUGUCGUUUCAGCAGAGUCAGUCGCGACCUGUCGCACUAUAUUCUCUCUUGCGUCACGAGCAUAAGCGAACGGCUUGCAACUACAGUAUUCUGCUCAGUUCAGAAUAUCCGUCACCAAUCAAAUCAAAAACAGAGAUUAUUGUCCAGUGUGGACCGAGGAGGAUGGUCAUCAACCCUCUAUUCUCCCAAGCCGGAAACACUCCGAACGAUGUCCAUAAAUUCGAUCGUUACCUCCAUCCCGGACGCUCAGCCAUCGCUUCAUUCACCGGACCAUUGACCUGGGGCUCCGUCCCAGUUCUCUAUUUUCAGCGCGUCUCGGUUGAAGACAGUAAUGUGAUCCCAAGCACUAGCACUCUUCAACUCAUCGCCACGGGCACUAGCCUUCCACCCUCCCUCAACCGAGUGAUUGCGAAACGCAUUAUUCUCACAGGACACCCACUUAAAAUCAACAAGCGUGUGGUCACAGUACGUUACAUGUUCUUCGACGAUAAAGACGUGAAGUGGUUCAAGAGUCUUCCGUUGUGGACGAGAAGGGGUCGGAGCGGGUUCAUCAAGGAGAGUCUCGGGACGCACGGAUAUUUCAAGGCGACUUUUGAUGGGAAGAUCAACCCUAUGGAUGCAGUUGCGGUGUCAUUGUACAAACGGGUAUGGCCCAGACCUGCGAAGGCGUGGCAACCAUGA